GCAUUUUGUAGAACUUUGGCCACAGCACUAUUUGUAGUUGUCCAGCACGCUAUUCCUGAACUUGACGGGGGAGUUUGAUGAACUCACUGCUGAGGUUGGCGUCAGCAUCUCUGCAGCCCGAGGACUGUGCCUCGAUUCCUCCUCAUUGAUGCUCUCAGCCGAUAUCUUGCGAGGGCGACGAGCCUCCGCUGCAACGGGCUCCAGGAGACAAGAUGGGGAGAACGACUUCCUCAAACUCAUCGCGGUGGACUUGUCGCCGCUGGAGCUGCGCUUCGAGAACGUUUUCUCUCGUCUAGCGGCGAUCGAGAAGCACUUGAACCUAAAGGAGCCACGCCAAGAUGAAGGAGACAACGCCACCACAACGGUGUCGGAAGAGGAGGCACCAUUGAGCACAACCAGAUCGGAAGUGCAGGAUAGUGAUCAAGACACGGCGCGUUCCGGAGCAUCUAGCACCCCCGAGUCGGACUCGGGGGAAGCGAAUGAGGCCAAAUACCGCCUUGACGCCGACCCGGCUGAUACUACCGCGGACGCAAGCGAGAGUGAGGAAGUGUCCGACGUCGAGGAACCGAAGCAAAAGAUCUACACCGACGGCGUCACGCUUGCUCAGGAGAUCGAGUCGCUGCGAGCUGCGCAACUGCGGCUCAAAAUCGACCAGGAGGUGGCUCAUUCUACACUCCAGUUGGAAAUGGUUCGGCUGCGCGGUGACUUGGAGCAGAAUGUGACAACAAAUCUGCAGGAAUUUCGCGAAGAAGUGACGACCGCUUCAGCCGCCUCCAUCAGGGCGCUUCAGACCGAGUACCAGAAGCUGGCGCAGACCAUGAGCACAACUCUUGCAGAGCGACAAGUGGCGGAGAACCGCUGGAAGGCGACGUUCGAGGACACGAUCGCCGCGCGCAUCCAGGAUAUCUGGUCGGGACUGCACUCGACGUCGAGGAAGCUGCAGGAGAGCAUGCAGUUCUUGCAGUCGGAGAUGGUCACGCAGGAAGAAUCGUCGCGGGAUGUGAGCACCGUCGUGGAGUCCAUCAAGGCCUCGAGCGAGCGUCUCGACCGGGACUCCAAGAAACACGCCAAGAUGCUAGCCGAGCAGGAGAAGGACAUGGAGCACCUCCACGGCAUGUGCACGCAGGCCUCGGUUCGGCUGGACGAGCAAGACGCCAAGCUCACGGGCCAAGUCGGAUUGAUCUACCAUCACAUGGAGAACGCCAGCGCCAAUGUCCAGGGGCACAUCAAAGCGUACGACGCGUUUGUAGCCGCCACGGACAAGACGUUCACCACGCUGGCGUCGGACCUCACGGCUUGCAGCUCGACCAUCGCAGCGCACCAGUCCAGCCUCCACACCUUGAACACCGUCGUGCAGCGCCACAACGAGGACCUCAUCCGCGCGGACGAGCGGAUGGCCGCAACUGACGCGAGAAUAGGCAGCAUCGACGGCCGUGUGGCGCUGACGGAGAAGAAGCUCACGACUGCGGUCGGCGUCAUGCAAGAGCACUACCAGGAGCGCCAGCAGAUAGUGGCCGCGAUAGAAGCGAGCCUCAACCAGGCAGCUCUGGAGCGCACCUCUGUGAAGCACAUCGCGUCGGACCUGGGCUUCUGCGUCCAAGAAGUGCAGCACAAGCUGCACGAAGUGGACAAGCUCGCGCACACGACCGAGAUGGCGCUGAACCGAACCGCUGCGGAGCUGCCCAAGAUGCACGCGCUGGUGACGACCAACUCGUCCAACAUCGCCAAGAACCGCCAGAGUAUCCGCGACAUCACCACGAUGAUCGAAGACGACAGGCAGGUGGCUAGCACGCUGCGCAGUGAGUUCGACAAGGAGGUCAGCGAGAGUGUGGCCCGAUUCACGGCCGCUGAGGAGCGCGAUAACCAAGCGCAAGACGCGAUCGCCAACGCCGCGACCAGUGCGGGCCACGUCAAGGCCGAGCUGGAGGCGCGCAUCCAGAAGCACAGCAACCUCAUUCACCAACUCAACACGAUGGUGGACAGUCUGGCCAUCACCGAGACCACGGAGGACAUGGAGGACAAGAUGAGCACGUUCGCGCUGUCGUGCGCCCAGCUCGGCCUCAAGUUGGAGUUCUUCGGACGCAAGGCCAGCUCGGUCGACGGCGCGUGCGUCAUGAAGGAUGACGUCAAGGCGACGUUGGCGGUGCUGCUGACCAAAGUCAUCCGCUUCUUGGGCUCGGGCGUCUCCAUCGAGCAGAACAAGUACCUGCUCACAGCCAAGCGCUCUCAGGCCGUCGACCCCAUCACGGGCCAAGUGACCAUGGAGAUCCCCCCGCAGCACGUGCUCGAGAGCUUCCGCAUCGCCAAGGCUGCAGCGUUCUCCGCCAAGACACGCACGGCCAUGGACCAACUGGAGCCAGUGGUGCGCACCAACCGCACGUCCAUCGAGUUCCGCGACGCCUUCGAGCGCAAGCUCAAGUUUGUGCUCGAGUUCGGCCUCGCCAACCUCUUCCCGAACGUGGGGAAGCCCAAGAACCCGUUGAACCGACGAGGCGGCGACGAGUUCGGCACGUGCAUCGCCUGCGAUCGGCCCAUGGACAGUGGCGAUCCUGAGGACGACGCGGAAGACGCAGAGAUCCCAAGGAGACACAGAGCUCAACAACAGGAAGCGCCGAGGGCUUCAUCAUCCGCUAAUGACACGACGCCAGAGCAGCAGCGCAGCACGCCGCAGACCCAGCAGCAGGACACUCCAAACUCCCGCCCCAGCUCCGCGGCCGUGAGGAACCGUAUCGACACGAAGACUGCCGUCCGAGGGCGCUCUGGCGGGUCGAACGUGCGCCCCAAGAACAGCGGAGACGCGGUGCACUACGCUCCUGGAGCCAGCGAGUUCGUCUACCGCGGCGGCUUCCGCAUCCCCAAGACGCCCUCGAACGCCGCCAUGAGCGCCAGCAUCAACUCGCUGCUCAACUUGUCCCUGUCCUCCUCGACCAGUCUGGCCGUCGACAGACCUUUGGAGGAGUUGACGGGCAACGGGCCGCUGGACGUGGACAACUCGUGCCUGGAGAAGGUGGCGCUGCUGGGCAAGCACCAAGUGGUCGAGAUCCCGUCCAUCUCCGCGCGGCGCGCCCUCACACGGCUCCGCUGCGCAUGA